GGGAGGUGCUUGGUGGAAGGUGCUUGGUGGGAGGUGCUUGGUGAGAGGCCUCGCUGCCUUGCUUACUCACUCGUUUAUUUGCUUGCUUACUUGCUUGCUCGCUUGCUUGGUGAGAGGUGCUUGAUGAAAGGCCUCUUAAUGUAUUGAUUCUGCCGGCAGAACACCAAGCAAGAACUCAUUUGCCCGAUGGCCGCAAUCGUCCGCCGUAGACCAGUAGUUAGCGGGUGUGCUCUCGGGAAUUCCACGCGCCCUGCUAGCGGGUUUAGCAGCCGCCUCUUUCCUGGCCCGAAGCUGACUCGCUCAAGCUCCUGUGGGCUUUCUCGCAGAUCGACCCGUUUGCGUCCGGGACAACUGAGCGGAAUAUAUCGUCUCGGUUCGUAUGCGUCAUUUCUCAAAAUACCUCAUGACGACAACUACGCAGAAGAUGAGCGCGAGUCACGGGGAUGGAUGAGGGGCGGAGUCCUUCAUCAACAGGGUUUCUGGUGGAGAUGUUGCCCGACUGAGACUGGGGUUUCUGAUGCCGCUGGGUGGGUUUCUUUUGGCCUGAGAAAUGUUGACGACUUAUCACGUAUUUUGUAGGGUAGGGAUUUCCUUUGACAAUCAGAUGGGGAGUCGGCAGGAGUGAAAUUUACUUCAUGUUGGAAUACAUGCGAUGACAUAACAGGUCCCGGGGUGUAUAUGUACUGUGCUUUGAUAUACACACUC